GGCGAAGAAAGGCUUCUACUGAAAGUACUAAAGCUUUUCGAGAAGACGAACAGCCUCUGCUUGAAAAGUACGCUGAAGAUGAUCCAACCCUAGGAGGCAAUCGUUCUUGUACACUUUUUGGAUGUACCUUGAAGAAGACGACUUGUUGGAUCGGGAUGUCUGUGUUGCUCAUUCUGAUCGC